AUGGGCAACGGACAUUCCACACAACUUGAUGAUUACGGGAGGACACCUCUUCAAAAUGCCAGCAGGCACGGACAAAUUGCCUUGGGAGCAGAUAUUUUGGCCACCUCCGCGUCAUACGGAGAUACGCCGUUGCACUUUGCCAGCUGGCACGGACACGCACAGGUUGUGGAGGAAUUGUUGGGUCGACACCGAGUGGACAUUGAAGUCAAAAAUCACGGAGGGUACACGCCGUUGCACUGUGCCAGCUACGACGGACGCUUGAAGCCCUUACAGCUCCUGUUAAAAGCUGGGACUUCAGUAGAUGUUUGCAAUGAUCUCGAGACGGGAGAAACGGCCCUGCAUUAUGCAUGUCGCUACAAUCGGGUUCCUUGUAUCCAAGCGUUGCAAAAGUUUCAUGCCAAUUUGAAUGCUACCAUGGCCAAUGGAAACACGGGCUUGCACGAAACCAGUCAUUGUGGUCAUGUUGAAACGGUCCAAGAGCUCCUGCGGGCGGGAGCAGAUAUCAGUCUCAGAAACAAGGACGGAAACACUGUGCUGCACGAAGCCAGCACCAAUGAUAAGGACGAAAUAGCCGUGGUUCAGAUUUUGGUUCAUGACAGUGAUGUGGAGUUGGAUGCGGUGAACCUUGCGGGGCAGACAGCUCUGGACUUGGCCCGAUCCGUGAAGAAUUGGAAUGUUGCUCGAUUUCUGGAACGGGGCCCCAAGCCAAAACGGCUCAGACUCUCGUCGACCCAUCAUCAGCCGUUCUUUGACGUAUUUCUCAGCCAUACUGGAAAGCAGAAACUAAGUGAAGUGGACACAAUGAACCGAACGUUUGCCGCGGCAGGUCUGAACUGCUUCUUUGACCAACAAAUGCGCCCCCUGGAUGGAGAUCCGACUCGACAAAUGCAAUACGCGUUGGAAACCUGUCGACAUGCCGUCGUGGUGAUUUCAGAAGAGUUUUUGACCAAACCGUACCCUUGUGCCGAGCUUCGAUAUGCCUUUUGUCGCAUGAAGCGGCUUCGGAGAUACUAUCACUGGGAAUCGCUAUGGAUAGUUUUGUACUGCAUCACGACUUCGUUUUACAAGGAACGCAUGAGAGAGGGCAAUGAGAAAGCAAAUAAUCAUGGAGCAGGUUUGUUACCAGAUAUCUGCAGUAGCCAAGUGCUGGUCCAAUGGUCCGAAGACAUGAAGUUGCCCUGGUCGGAACUGUGUGUCAGCAGCAAAAACCAGCUAUUGGAACACGACAGCGAAGGGGGUGCUCUUGAAUCAUGGAAAAUGUUCCUACAUGAUUAUCAUCUUGCGAAGCAUAAGACGACGAAUGACCCAUUCCCUCUUGCCAAUGAUGUGUACAAGUCAAAGGGCGAUUUCGACGACGAAAGGACGCAAAGCAUGGUUCCUCCAAUUCAACCCACCUCAUUUGGUCAAUCUUAG